AUGACCGCGGCGCCGGAGAUCGCCUGGGGCGUGCUCGUGCGCACGCCGGACACGGACGCGCGGCACCCGCAGUUCGUGGCGCUCUGCGCCGAGAGCGUGGUGCUCGGCCGCCGGCCCGAGCGCUACCACGGCGCGCGCGCGGACCGCGUCCGGCUCGCCCACAGCCGCGUCUCCGGCGUGCAGUGCCUGCUGCACGUGAACCUCGACGGCGUGCGCCUCGAGCAGCACGCGCGCGCGAGCAACGAGACGAAGGUGAACGGCCACACCAUCGCCGACGCGCGGCGGCUCGAGUCCGGCGACACGAUCACGCUGCUGCAGAGUCGGGACGUGAUCAAGUACGACUACUUCCCGGCGGGCGACGCCGGCGAGGACCGCCUCGUCGCGGCGCUCGAGGCGCGGGGGCGCGGCGCCGCGCGCGAGCUCGCCGCGGUCCGGGAAGAGGCCGCGCGGCUCCGGGCCGCGGCCGCCGACGACGCGCGGCGCCUCGGCGCCGCGGAGGACGCCCUCGAGGCCCUGCGGCGGCGCGAGCUCGACGCCGUCGGCCGCGCGCGCCGCGACGAGCGGAGGCGGCGGGCGAUCGUCCAGGACGCCGUCGGCCCGCUGGAGCGGCGGCUGCGGGAGGCGGACGGCCUCGACGCGCUGGCCGCCGAGCGCGACGCGGCCAACGCCGCCUUCGACCGCGAGCGCGAGCGCGCCGCGGGGCUCGCCGCGCGGCUCGCCGGCGUCCGGGCCGAGGGGAAAUGCGAACUCCACACGCUCUUGGCGCUCGAGCUCGCGGCGGACGGCGCGCCGGGCGGCGACGACGACGACGUGGGCGGCGGCUUCGAUGGCGGCGACGAGUCUAUGGGCGACGACGGCUUUGGCGGCGAUGGCUUUGGCGGCGGCGACGACGACGUGGGCGACGACGGCGGCGGCGGCUUCGACGACGCCGGCGGCGGCGGCGACGACCGCGUCGCGCCGUCGCCCGACGAGUUCGGGCUCGACGCCUUCCUCAAGGAGGCGGACCAGGAGCGGCGGUGGCGCCUGUCGCAGGAGCGGCGGCGCCUGUCGCAGGAGCGGUCGGACGCCGAGCUCGCCGCGGAGCUCGCGGCGCGGCCGCCGACGCCGGCCGACGGCGACCGGACGCGCCGCGACGCCGAGCUCGCCGCCGCGUGGCCGCCGACGCCGGCCCGUACGGCGCCCGUCGACGACGACGACGACGACGGCGCGCGGUCGAGCUCCGACGACGGCGCGAGCUCCGCCGACGAGUCCGAGGCGCCGCCGUCCGCCGCGGAGGCCUUCGCGGGCCUCGGCGACGACGGCGCGCUCCGGGCCUUCCUCGCGGAGCGCCUCGCGGCCCAGGGCAACGCCGCGUCCGCGGCGGCGGCGCGCCGCGCGCUCGUGGCCGUCGCGCCCGCGGGAUUCGCGGACGCGUACGGGGAGGGCGUCUUCUCUAAUUUGUGUACGCGUGUGUGGGCGCCGCUGAGCGUCAUCUGCCAGAACUUGGAGCUCUCGCCGGACUCGUUCGCGGCGUUCGCGCCGACGAACUCGAGGCGCGCGGACUCGGCGCCCGCGGCGGGCGGCGGCGCGUCCUCGUCCUGUUGGCGCGGGGAUUUCGCCUUCGCCGCGGGCUUGGCCUUGGCGGGGGAUUUCGCCUUCGCCGCCGGCUUCUUUUGCACCGUGGCCUUCUUGGCGACCUUUUUGCUCUUGGCGGCGGCCUUCGCUUUUGGCGGCGGCGUCGUCGUCUCGCCGCCGAAGGAGCUGAAGAAGGCGCCCAUGGUGUGGCUCGUGUUCGUCAUGGGCACGUUCGUCGUGCCGCCGACGUGGUCGCGCAGGAACACGGCCGCGCCCGCGGGGUCGCUCGUCGCGAAGCGCACGUUCUUCGGCUUCGGCAAGGCGGACGCGCCACCGCCGGUGUCGCUCGAGGGCAAGGUCUGCUGGGUCGUCGGCGGCGUCGACGUCGUGGGCCAGCACGUCGUGCGCGGGCUGCUGGACGCGGGCGCGUCGGUCAUCGUGAACACGCGGUCGACGACGCGGCUCGAGGCGCUCGUCGAGGGCCUCGGCCGCCCCGAGCGGCUCACGCCGAUCAAGGGCUCGCUGCUGCCCGGCCGCGCCGAGGCGACGGUGGACCGCGUCAUGGAGAUGAGCGGCAACCGGCUGGACCACGUCGUCGCCCACGCGGGCGUGCGCUACUGGGCCGGCCGCGGCGCCUGCGACGAGACGCGGACGCUCGCGGGCGACCACCUCUUCUCGCUCUCGGACGAGGAGUUCGCGCAGAAGGCCGUCCAGGUGCCCGCGCUCCACUUCUCCGCGGCGCGGCUCCUCAUGCCGCGCGUGGCCAACGACGCGGAUGCGUCCUACACCUUCGUCCUCGGCGACGCCGUCGACGGCGCGCGGUCCGCGCUCGGCGGCAUCAACUCGCGCGCGUGCGCCGGGCUCGCCUGCGCGUGCCGCCACGAGCUCAAGGGCGUCGCGUGCAAAAUCAACCAGCUGAACCUGUCCGUGCCCGGCGCGUUCGCCGACGCCGCCGCGGAGGACGCCUUCCUCCGCGACCUCGGCGCGGCGACGGCCGGCGUCGCCGCGCGCGCGUCCGGCGACCAGGCGCUCGUCGAGGACGUCGCCGGCGCCGCGGGCAUCGCGCGCGUCAAGGCCGCCUACCCGGCCGCCGCGGGCCUCCUCGACGCCGGCGACGCCGACGAGGCCCUCCGCGCCUAG